CGCAGCGUUACAGGGUUUGUGUUGGUCUGAGGAAUGAGCCCAGGCUUUUUCUUUAGGCCGCAGGUCCUAUGGAGUUUAAAUUCCGACCUGUUUUGGCCCUCUCCGUAUAAUCACCUAUGCUUAAAUUACAACAGUACCCGUUUUCUUUAAUGAUUCCUUGUGUGUCUGUGGGUUAGUAGGAAGAACGUCCUCUAAACAUGCCGAUUUAAGUUUCCCUUUUUCAGUUGGCCUAGUAUCACCAAAGCUUAGGAAACAACACUGCUCAUCUCAUGCCAUGUAUUUAUUGUAGCGUUGUGUAAAGCGACAGUAAGUUCACUGGGCUGUAUUGAUUCUUCUGGGCUUUUGUCACAUCAGCAGCAUCUAAUAAUUGGAGUUUAUCUGAAUUUUUUUUUUAGUGAAAUUGUUUUUCUAUAAGGUUCAAAUUAGUCUAUGCACACGUGCAGAUGCUUCAGUACCAUAGAGGAUUAAAAUGAAAUGAAAACUGUUGAGACUUUUUGAUGGAAUAAAGUUUUAUAAAAUAUUUAUAAAAUAUUGCCAUUUUGUGGGAGGUGCAUUGUUCAUAUAUGAUUAGUCAUACUUUGCAUGACUCGAGUUACUAGCACUGCUUACUUUUUUUUUUUUGCUCUGUUCUUUUAAUGAGUGCUUUCCAGAGCAGCCAGUUUGCCUGUUGCAUUUCUUGUUGGAGGAGUCAUUUGCUCUCUCAGUAGAAGUAUUUGUGCUGCCUAAAAGAAACUCAUUGCUAAUACAGGAUGGCAAGCUCCAGUGAAAAGUGGGAGUCUGUCUUGUUUUCUGCCAUGCCAUCGUCUGCCUGUGCAGUUGAUGAGUCAAGUGAGAGUUUAUACCUCCAAUGGUCAAAAAAAAGAUCUUGGAUCAGAAGAUACAAAAGGGUCAAUCCCUGAAGAAACCCUGCAUAAAGCUGGAACAGGACAAGAUAAGACCAAUGCAGGCCAAAAGCAGUCUGUCCUUAAAGAGCCAAUCCAAGUAAAAGUGAAAGCAGUCCUUAAAAAAAGAGAGUAUGGACCAAAAUACACAAAGAAUAACUUCAUCACUGGAGUAAGAGCAAUAAAUGAAUUUUGUCUUAAAUCCAGUGAUUUAGACCAGCUGAGGAAAAUUAAACGACGAAGCCCCCAUGAUGAUACUGAGACUUUCACUGUGUAUCUGAGAUCGGAUGUAGAGGCAAAGUCUCUUGAAGUUUGGGGUAGUCCAGAGGCUCUUGCAAGAGAAAGAAAACGGCGUAAAGAGGCAGAGAUCAAAUACAGAGAAAAACUAUUUCGAAACCAAAGGCUGUUGUGGGAAUACAAGGAGUUCUUUGGCAAUACUAAGCCACGCUCCAGUGCAGCAGCUAUGUUUUUCAAGGGACCAGGGAAGGUGGUAAUGGUAGCUAUUUGCAUAAAUGGGUUGAAUUUUUUCUUUAAGCUACUUGCUUGGGUUUACACGGGUUCUGCAAGUAUGUUUUCAGAAGCCAUACAUUCUUUAGCAGACACAUGUAACCAGGCAUUGCUAGCUUUGGGCAUCAGUCAGUCUGCAAGGACGCCGGACCCUAGUCAUCCGUAUGGUUUCACAAACAUGCGCUAUAUUGCCUCCCUGAUUAGCGGAGUGGGCAUUUUCAUGAUGGGUGCGGGACUGUCUUGGUAUCAUGGGAUCAUAGGUUUACUCAACCCUCACCCUAUAGAAUCUCUUCUCUGGGCAUACUGCAUUUUAGCAGGGUCAUUGGUAUCUGAAGGAGCUACCCUUCUUGUUGCUAUAAAUGAAAUUCGCAGGAGUGCUCGAGCCAAGGGUCUGUCAUUUUAUCAAUAUGUUGUACAGAGUCAUGAUCCUAGUACAAAUGUGGUGUUACUGGAGGAUGCUGCAGCAGUUCUAAGUGUGGCCAUAGCUGCUACGUGUAUGGGUCUGACUUCUUUAACAGGAAACCCAUAUUAUGACAGUGUGGGGUCUCUAGGUGUUGGAACCUUGUUAGGAAGUGUGUCAGCAUUUCUGAUCUACACUAACACUGAAGCCCUGCUAGGACGAUCCAUUCAACCUGAACGACUGCAGCGACUCACUGAGUUACUGGAAAGUGAUGCUGUAGUAAGAGCAAUUCAUGAUGUUAAAGCCACAGACCUGGGAAUGAGCAAAGUGAGAUUCAAGGCAGAAGUAGACUUUGAUGGACGGGUUGUUACUCGUUCUUACUUGGAAAAACAAGACAUUGAACAGCUGCUACAAGAAAUCCAACAAGUGAAAAACCUUGAAGAAUUGGAAGCCUUCAUGCUUAAGCAUGGUGAAAAUAUCAUUGACACACUGGGAGCUGAAGUAGACAGACUUGAGAAGGACCUGAAGCAACGAAAUCCUGAUGUUCGUCAUGUGGAUUUGGAGAUACUAUAGGCAUGGCAGAAGAAAUCUUCAUGUUGCUACCAUUUUGGAAAGAAGUCGUGUAAAGGGCUGAAAAGCUUCCGAAACUGCAGUGACCUCAGCGCCAUACCUCGCUUACUUUUGCUGUAGGCUUCCUGGACUGUUAGAACUGCUUCUGUUUCUGGAAGAGCACUAGACCCGCAGACAAAAAUUUCCAUGGCAAAAUCAAUUUAAAAAAAGCUAUUUGACUUAAAUUCCACGGGAGAGUCUGUCAAAGUAUAUUUACUGCAACUCAGAACUUAACAACUUGAGGUUUAGUUAGGCAAAUAUAGCUGCCUGAAGAUACACAACACACUUAGUUUUUCCAUUUGCGUCCCUUUGCAGUCAGUUUGCACUUCUUUAGUUUCUUUCAAGAUACCACUAAAGGUUCUUGGGAGAUAUUAAGAUUAGCUAGGAAGAGUUUGUUCCAGUGGAACCUGCCAACCUUAAACUAAUUGUAAUAUUUCAACUGUGUGAUUGUUUCACAGUUUUUCUUUUCUAUGAGAUCAAUUCUUUCAAACAGGCACUGGCUUUUUCUCAAGUACCAUGACCUGUAAACCUGCUUUUUCCCACUCUUGUGAGUACUAACUGCACUUCACAAAAAUAAGAUUUUUCUUCUCAGUGGAGUCAGCUGUAUGUGGUUAUCCAGAGUAUGUUAAGUUACUGUGAAGAAAUUAGAGAUUUUGGUGAACUUGCUCUGUUUAAAUUUUGUUAUUUUCUCCCCCUGCUUUGACACUUGUUCUCUUAUUUGUAAGUAUCUUCAGAUGUGAUCUGGGAGAUAUAUACAUGGUAGUGCUUAUUAAAUGUUACCUGGCAUUUUUUGCUUUCCUUAUAGGCAGCAUUGCCAGAUACGGUCUUUGAUAGAAUGUGUGAGAGAUGUAAUUGGAAGUUACAGUAGUAAAAAAUGUAUUAGAAUUAUUUAUAAUUAAACAAAUGAAUACAUUGUAUUUUUAAUUUAUUUACCUCUAGACUUAAUCUGAAUUCUAAAUUGAUUGUGGGUUUUUUUUUUUUUGUUUUUUUUUUUUUUUUUUUUUUUUGUUAAGAAUUGGCCUUGCUUUUUUUGGAAAGUAAAGUAAAUCUAUCAGUAGUUCUCAACAAUCCUGAGAUAAAUGCUUAGAGUUUAUAACUUUGAAAUGUGCAAUUUUAGCAUUGUAUAUAUGAGCCUCAAGGUUUUCUGCAGUAGGCACCCAAGUUGUACCAGAUGCUUUGAUUUGAGACCCAGUCUUUAUUAAUAAGGGCAUGAGUACUUAUCAUGCAAAUUGAAAUAUAAGUGAAGUUACUGCAUAUAAAUAACUCUGAAGAAAAUCCUUUAUGCACUUUAACAUAUUUCAGUAAAAUGAAAAUUGCUCAUGGGUAAGAGGUGUUAAUAAGAACCUCCUAGUGACUCAUUUGCUAAGUAAUGACUGACUUGCUGAAAGGAGAAAUGUUGGUAUGAAACACAAGUCUCAAAAAUCAGUUAAGAUUAAAUUAUAAAUAUUGCAGCAGAUAAUAAUUGUGAAGACCAGUACAUCUAGAUUUGGCUAAAAGCUUUUGAAAAUGUUUUUUAGGUUUGUUUUUUUU